GCUGAUUUAGACAAACCUGCUAAUAAGGAUAAUCCACUGGUGAAAAAUAUGAAAAGUAAUGCUACUGCUGAUAAUAAUGGAUAUGAUACUGACCCAACCAAAAAUAAGUUUAACAAAGAGCGGUAUGGUAAUCCAGAGACUGGCGAAGGAAUAACAAAAGAUAAGAUUAUUACUUACCUCCACGAUAAAAGAGUGAAAG